GGUGGGGGAAGCUGGAGCGGAGUUGGGAGUUGGAGCUGGAGCUCAGCGUAGCCUAGGCGUUUGUUUGGAGCCGCGCAGUUAUUCCGGUUGCUCAAAGAUUUCGUUACUUUUAGGACUUUUCCAGGUUUAAAUACACGUACAGCUAAAAUGUCCGACGUUGACGACGACUUCAUGUGUGACGAGGAGGAGGAUUAUGGUUUGGAAUACUCUGAGGACAGCAAUUCAGAGCCAGAUGUUGAUUUGGAAAAUCAAUAUUAUAACUCCAAAGCGCUAAAGGAAGAUGAUCCUGCAGCAGCUUUAGCGUCGUUCCAGAAAGUUCUUGAGCUAGAAUUGGGAGAGAAAGGAGAAUGGGGAUUUAAAGCUUUAAAGCAAAUGAUUAAAAUUAACUUCAAAGUUGGUAAUUUUACAGAGAUGAUGACACGAUACAAGCAAUUACUGACCUAUAUCAAGACUGCAGUGACUAGGAAUCAUAGCGAGAAAUCUAUAAAUUCCAUUUUGGACUACAUCUCUACAUCUAAAAAUAUGGAAUUACUCCAAGAUUUUUAUGAAACUACUCUUGAUGCCUUGAAAGAUGCUAAAAAUGAUCGUUUAUGGUUUAAAACAAAUACAAAACUUGGCAAACUGUAUUAUGAUCGGAAUGACUUCAAUAGAUUGGCUAAAAUUUUGAAGCAGCUCCAUCAGUCAUGUCAGACUGAUGAUGGGGAAGAUGAUCUGAAGAAAGGAACACAGCUUCUGGAAAUAUAUGCUCUAGAAAUUCAAAUGUACACUGCUCAGAAAAAUAACAAGAAACUAAAAACCCUUUACGAGCAGUCACUUCACAUAAAAAGUGCUAUACCGCAUCCUCUGAUUAUGGGUGUCAUUAGAGAAUGUGGUGGCAAAAUGCAUUUGCGUGAAGGAGAAUUUGAGAAUGCACAUACUGACUUCUUUGAAGCAUUCAAAAACUAUGAUGAAUCAGGCAGUCCAAGAAGAACAACUUGUUUGAAAUAUUUAGUAUUGGCAAAUAUGUUAAUGAAAUCUGGUAUCAAUCCAUUUGAUUCUCAAGAAGCCAAACCAUACAAAAAUGAUCCAGAAAUUCUUGCUAUGACAAAUUUAGUUUCAUCCUACCAAAAUAAUGAUAUAAAUGAAUUUGAAUCUAUUCUUAAAGAACACAGAAAAAAUAUUAUGGAUGAUCCUUUCAUCAGAGAGCAUAUUGAAGAUUUACUUCGUAAUAUACGUACUCAAGUUUUGAUGAAGCUUAUUAAACCCUACACUCGAAUCCACAUCCCAUUUAUUAGUAAAGAACUUAACAUUGAUGUCACAGAUGUGGAGUGUCUUCUGGUGUCCUGUAUCCUAGACAAUACAAUUCAAGGUCGUAUUGACCAGGUGAAUCAAGUAUUAGAAUUAAGUCAAGAAUCAACAUGUGGAGCUCGUUACCAAGCAUUGGACAAGUGGACCAAGCAGCUGGGAGGCCUUCAUCGAGCUAUUGUUAGCAAGAUGGCCUAACAUGAGGACUCAUUGUUGCACUGAAUGCAGCAAAAGUUUGUGAGUUAAGAGACCCCACCCAGUAAUGUGUGCGAAUUGUGAUUUCAUCUCUAUACCUCUUCCUUACAAUUUUACAAUAACCAGCAAGGCAAGAGGCUGGAAAGAAGUACAAUCAAUUAAAUAGGCCACCCCUUGAGCAGACCAGUAAAACAUCCAAAUUCCUUUUAAUUUUUGUCUUAAAGAUAACCUAUUGAUAAACCUCUGUAAGGGUCUUUUUGGAGAUUGUUUUUUGAAUCAUAACACCACCCUAAUAGUCUCUGUUUUUAGACAGGUUGUGCGUUGUGUAUUUAAGUCUUUAUGUAAAUCAUAAUUUUCAUUAGGUCUUAGUUGCCCUGUUUUAAUAAAUAGGCUGAAAUGA